CGCCGGAUAAAGCUUGCCCGAAUUUGUCAUGCAAAGUUCGGGCGCGGAAUCCACCAUGCAGCCCACAGCAGAGGAUUACCUAGAGCAACCCGGCUCGGACGAGAAACCCGACUACGAUCCUUAUCUGAUAGAUUCUUUCGAAGAGGGAGACCCUGCGAAUCCACAGAACUGGAGCAAGCUGCAGCGAUGGUAUCUUACCGUCUUCUCAGGCCUCUUGGUACUGAAUGCAACAUUCGCGAGCGCUGCGCCUUCUGGAAUCGCCCCUCUGUUGGCAGAGCAUUACCAUCUCUCGGCAGAGGGGACGACUUUGGCCCUCUCUCUUUUCAUCACUGGUUAUAUCGUGGGGCCUAUGCUCUGGGGACCUUUAAGUGAACAACUGGGAAGGCGGCCUAUUGCGAUCUAUCCAUUUAUUAUAUAUACGAUCUUUCAAGUGGCUGCGGCCUUGGCGAACAACGCAGCCUCACUUCUGAUCUUCCGUUUUAUCGGCGGGAUGUUUGCUGCCGCUCCUCUCACCAAUUCGGGGUGAUGCGCUUCCCUCAGCCAGAUCGAUCGCCGCUGAACGUGAGUGUUCAGUGCCAUCAUUGCCGAUGUGUGGGAUGCCAGCACACGAGGCAAGGCAUUAGCUCUUUUUACCCUAGCGCCCUUUGCUGGCAAGUUCUUUUUCACUGAGUGGUAUGGUCCGUAACCGGACUCAGGCCCCGCUGUCGGCCCAACCGUAGCAGGAUUCAUCGCCGUGACCGGCACAGACUUUCACUGGAUCUUUUGGAUCCAAGCUAUCUUUGCAGCUGUUUGCACUAUCCUGGCAUUUUUUACCGUCCCGGAAACAUAUGUGCCGGUCCUUUUGGUGGCUGCGGCUGCAAAGAAGCGGGAUGAAACAGGCGAUGCUAAAUACUAUGCUCGCCUCGAAACUGCCAAAGUUUCGAUGGCAGAGAGAUUUGAAAGCAUCGUGGCUCGGCCUUUCAAGGUCUUGGGGACUGAGCCUAUGCUGAUCGUCCUCACGUUUUACAUGAGCUUCGUUUAUGGAUGCCUAUAUCUCUUAUUCGAGGCAUAUCCGAUUGUUUUCACACGAGGCCAUGGUUUGAAUCCUGGCGUGUCUGGCCUGACGUUCUUUCCAAUCUUGCUCGGUGGUGUCGCUGGUGUCAUGCUCUCGAUUAUUGUUUUCAACCCGCGUUACGAGGAAAGUGGCGGAGCUUGCGCCGGCUCCCGUUCCUCCGGAAUUCCGUCUAGAAAUGACAUUGCUAGCUGCUCCCCUAUACGCGAUAUCGUUCUUUUGGUUUGGAUGGACGUCAUAUCCUAGCAUCAGCCUGUGGGCUCCCAUGAUGUCUGGAGGGAUUAUGGGACUUGCUAUCAAUGGCAUUUUCCUCUCUCUUUUCAAUUAUAUCAUAGACACAUAUCUCCAUGUCGCAGCCACAGCUCUUGCGGCAAACACCAUCAUCCGCUCCAUCUUCGGUGCUGUCUUUCCACUUUUCGCUACACAGAUGUUCGAUGGCCUUGGCCCCCAGUGGGCUGCGUCGGUGCUCGGUUUUGUCGCGCUGGCCAUGGUUCCUGUGCCCAUCGUUCUCAUCAGGUAUGGUCCCUACCUUCGUUCAAAAUCUCGGCAUGCGCCGACCUGAGCAGCAACACGGUAUUCCCGAGACUCUCAUACAGUAUAUUACAUAGCACACAUUCGUUAGAUUUGUUCCGCAUCCGCCUUGUUCUGCCCGUUUCUCCCACUUUGCUGGCCUAAGCGGACAGGUGAACACUGGCCAUCAUGAGCCAUCACACCGUGACAUGUGACGUGACAUUCUCACUCGCCGCUUUCCACUACCAUGCCGCCGUUAGCUCUGCAAGGGACUGUCAUCAGAGUGGGCCGCAUGCAAAAGACGGCCACUGUGUUGGUAUCACGUUGGGCGUCCCACAAGCUGACCGGCAAGCGAAUGGAGAGGUCCAAAAAGUAUCACACGCAUGAUGAACACAACACCUUACGCAUGGACGACGUGGUCUUAAUUCGCAACUGCCCUCGCAUUACCAAGACGAAACACUUCAGACUCGAGCGGGUGCUGCAGAGUCCGGAGAAGGAACGGGAAGCCCGCAGGGCGGCGCUCGGUCACGCAGCAGCAGCAGCACCCGUCGCAGAGAUCCCCCCAAAAGCUUAAUCCACUCUCCCUCUGCGCGAAAGGCUGCCCCUCUUCAUGCCGUGAUGGCUGGCGCGGUCGUAUUCGGAGAGGCGGCCUGCUGGGCUUGCUGGAAGGCGGCUUGGAUCUCGACAAGCUAGGAGUGGUACAAUAUGAAGCAGAACGAGUAAUACUGGGCUGAGAAACACACCUCGUUUUUCUUGCUGUUCGACUUGUUUUGAAUAUCCUGUAACUGCGUCUCUACCCGUUUACUGCGCGGAAUCGAUUGAAUGGGAGUCGUCGGAGCGGUCAGUUCAAGCAUGCGUACAUCUCGCUCUUGAUGAACUCCAG